UUUUAUUGGUAAAAAAUUUCAUCCAUCCACAGACAGUUCCAGUGAUUCAUGGUCGUAAUUUAGUGAUUAUAAAUAUAAAUGUACAAAUUUUUGAUCAGUGAUCUCAUAGUCGAUAAUUAUUACAAAUUUCUAAUAAUGUUUUACACUAAUCAAUAAUAAAUAUUUUUAAAAAUCAAUAAAAAAAAGGGCGGGGUUUUUUUUUUAUAUGAUAAUUAUUAUUAUUAAUUUCUUUUACACAAAUCGUGUAAUGACAAAUCGAAGGAAUCAUCACUCAGGAAUUUACUUGUGACGUUAAUAAAUUUAUAAAAAAGUUUAUAUAUGAGUGUUGUCUAUUUAAUGACUCAUUUGUUUUAUCACUCUCAUUACGCGCGAAUUGACCAAUUGUUUAUUUAAAUAAUUGUAUUUUUUCUUUUUUCUUUUACAUUCCAUUGCUAUGAUGUCAAACGUUGGUAAUUUGGAGCAACAAAUUGCAAGUUUGCAAAUUGAUAAUGCCAAUAAUUCAAAUGAUAUUAGUACGAGUAAUAGCGGAAAUAUUGUUAAGCAAGUCAAAAAAAUAGGCCCUGCUGUGCCGCCGAAACCGAAAAAAUCCCAACCGCAGGUACCGCAAAGUUACACAAUAAAAUCGCCGUCAACGCCGUCAUACAGUACCGUUUUAAAUAAUACGCAAUUGAAUGAAAAAAUAAAUAAUUAUUACGCCAACACACCAUUGCCAUUUGUGCCGCCUAAUACUGAAAAGAAUUCAUAUACUUCCGGAUUACCGGGAUCUCAACCCCCGUCUUCAUCCCAGUCAUUGAUAACAACGAAUUCAACAAGACCGGACGCUCGCAAUUACUACAAUAAUGAAAACUUUUAUCAGAACGACCAUUUAUACAGCAACGAACUGGAAAAUUUUAAUAGCAAACGCGCUGAGGUCAACAAAAUCAACAGCAAUAUAACAGUAAAUCCUCGAUACGAAGACAAAAAUUAUUAUUUGAAUAUCGGUGGCAACAUUUCGGCACCUCAGGCGCCAGUUUUAGUCGAUGAUAGAUCAACACGUGCAACACGCAAUGUUGUUUACAGUAAUGUUGAACCAGCUGUACCGAUACCCGUACCAACGCCGAUAAAUUCGAUAAAGGAGAAAGAUAUUAUUUACAGUAACAUACAGUGGAAUAAACCGGAAAAUACUUAUUCGAAUAUAACAAAUGCUCGAGAUGAUUUGCCACCGCCACCAGAGCCCACAGAAUACAUUUCCUGCGUUCCUGGGUCAUUUCCACCGCCCCCAGAAGAAUUACCACCGCCACCAAGUCCCGUGUCAUCCAGCUACAGCGAACUACGCCGCGCCACCUACGACCCCCAUCAUCAGACAGAUUACCCACCAGACCACCAUCACCAUCACCACCACCACGACUACCCAAAUGACAUCUACGGACCCAGUUCCCAGUCCAGCUCAACUUACGAGUCGAUCUACGAGCCAAUAAACCCGCGGCCGCCUUCCCAGCUGUCCUGCAACUACUCCAUGUACUCCGGGUACGGGUCAGCGAGUACUCAGCCUCCAGGUAAAGUCUCUCCCGUAAAAGAAGUUGACACUCUCACAGAUUUACUAGUCCAGGGAAUGGAAGACAACCAAGAUGACAGUGACAUUUAUGGAAUUUGCGCUCACUGCGGGAAAAAAGUCGAAGGUGAAGGCACCGGGUGUUCGGCAAUGGACAAAGUUUUUCAUAUCGACUGUUUCUGCUGCUUUGUAUGCCGCGUAAAUUUACAGGGAAAGCCUUUUUAUUCACUCGAGGGUAAGCCCUACUGCGAGGAAGACUAUUUGAAUACUUUAGAAAAAUGUUGCGUCUGCACCCGGCCAAUUCUCGAUCGCAUUUUGCGCGCAACUGGGAAACCCUACCACCCAUCUUGUUUCACCUGCGUCGUCUGCGGGCAAAGUUUGGACGGGAUUCCCUUCACUGUCGACGCGACCAAUCAGAUCCACUGCAUCCAGUGCUUCCAUAAAAAAUUUGCUCCCCGUUGCUGCGUCUGCAAGCUUCCGAUUAUGCCAGAGCCUGGACAGGAUGAGACCGUCAGAGUCGUAGCUCUAGAUCGCAGCUUUCAUAUUCAGUGUUACAAGUGCGAGGACUGCGGGCUGCGUUUGUCAUCAGACGCCGAAGGCAGUGGCUGCUAUCCGCUCGAUGACCAUGUUCUCUGCAAGAGCUGCAAUGCAAAACGUGUACAGGCACUCACUUCUCAUAUGACUACUGAAUUGUAAAAUAUAAUCAAGGUGCCAUAUUUUUAUUCGUUUAUACUAAUAGCUUAUAAGUUUAUAAACAUUCCAAUAGUCUAUUUGUUCAGUAUUUUUGAGAAAAAGUACUGAAUAUUUUUUUUAGUAUUUGUAUUUUCUAUAAUAUAUUUUAUCUUAUUAUUUUAAAUUAAAUAAAGUAUUAGAUUUAAUUGUAAUCAAAACAAAAUUUAAGUAUCAAAAACUACUUGUCAUAUUUAUCUCCCAAACUAUCACUCCUACGAAAAAAUUUAAUCAGUAGAAAAUUAUCUAGAAUUGAAUAUCCUCUGGAAAGAAUACCAACAAGCCCUACUUAUUCCCAAUUUUUACUAAAUUAAUCAUAUUAACAACAUUCGUAAGUACUCAGUACAUUUAUCUGCCAAACUAUCACUCCUACGAAAAAAUUUAAUCAGUAGAAAAUUGUCUAGAAUUAAAUUUCCUCUGGAAAGAGUACCAACAAGCCCUACUUAUUCCUAAUAUUUACGAAAUUACUCAUAUUAGUAUAAUAUUUGUAGUUAAAAUAUAGAAAAAAUUGAGGUAAAUUUUAAAUACAACUAUUUGGUUAUAAUAAUAGUGACUGGUAAAAAUCAAGACUAAGACGAUUAUCAAAAGUAAGCUAUUGUUUAUUUAUAAACAUUUUAUUAAAUAGUAACAAUUAAAUACAUUUACAUUGACAUUUAUAUUAGAUUAAUUGACUGUUAAAACGCACACAUACACCCGUAUAAUUAUUCCAGUAAAUUAGGAUUGUUAUUAAAAUUUCUAUUGUGAUAAAUAAUGAAUAGUUAAUGGAUAUUUGUAAUCGAUAAAAUAUAUAUAUAUGACUAUAAGAUUUGUUUUUAUGCAACGAGUCUUUAUUGAGAUUUGUUGAUUAUUAUUAUCUUUAUGUAUGGCUUUGUAUUUAUAAUUUGAUAAUAAAUUUUAUCAGUAAAUAUUUCAAUGAUUGUUGAAUUAUUAUCUAUCCAUUAUACAAAAAUUGCAGUGGACUCUAGAUAGGCUAAUUGGGUGACCUGAGUCUGGAGUUUUUCAGUUAGUGUUUGUUUGUAUUUUAAUAAUAUUUUACCCACUUUUGACAAGUGUAUUAAAAAAAAUUAAUUUUGUAAAAUUUUAAAGAUAAAAAAUUUCAUGUUUUAAUCAAUUUUUAAAAAUGUGUGCAGACAAACUUACAAACAAUUGCCAAAUUUUUUUACAAAGCAUAAAUUCGGUGGUUAAAAAAAAUUAUAAUAAUAUAUGAGAACAAUAAUAUAUAGGCAUAAAUAAUUGAAAAUUUAUUUAUUUAACAUUUGUAUUAUCAUUAUAAUUUUAUUAUAAUUGCUUUAAAUAAAACAAAGGUAAAAAUAAUGUUGAUAUGCACAAAACUAAAAAUAUAUCACUCGUAAAUAUAUAUAUUAUAUUAUAAACUGGUCCUCGAUUUACAGUAAUUAUUAACAUUAUAAUACUGUUGUUCUGUUUGUUUACUUAUUAAUUAAAUGUAAGAUUAUUUAUCAGUUAAUAAAUAAAUAGAAUAAAAAUAUACAUAAAUGCAAUCACAUAAUUAAGAUGCGUGAAUAGAAAUCAUACUUUUUACAUGAGUAUACAAUAUGUAAUUGUAUCGUACAUACACAGAAAAGAGUAAUGAAUUAACUCAUCUUAAGGGGGAUGAUAGCCACUGUGAAAUUUAAGAAAAAAAAUUUUUUUUCUUUAUUAAAUCAAAGUUAAAAAAAACUACUUUUUUUGAACUGGUGGCAUCUAUAAUUUACAUAAAUAUGAACCGAUUAACAAUUUUUUUUUUAUGCAUACAGAUUACAGCGCGACUUGGUUUUUUUGUUUCAGAUAAUCCGUUUUUGAGUUAGAGAUGACACCGUGGUGGGGGAAAUUUUUGUGGUGCUCCACAAAAAUGUGUAUAUCAUUAUAAUAGCAUGAUAUUUUUUAAUAAAAAUUUAGGAGAAUUAUCUUCAAUGUAUACUUUAUAAAACAAAAACAAAA